AUGCCAAUGCCAUCAACAAAAACAAACAGCAAAUUCAACCGAGCAAAGCGUCUAAAACACGAUACUUCACUCAUAUACCCCAAUGAAAAUGCGGAUGCUACCGGUCAAAUCAUUGUUGAAUAUACAGACACUCCAUCUUCUACCAUAAACCAAUCAUCAUCUCAUACAACCGAUGCAUCGAUACAAAACUUAACAGCCGGUGAACUUCCGACGUUUUCAUCACCUCCACCAAACAAUAGUUCACGAGUAUCAUCUACGGUUAUCUAUUCAUUAACUCAAUCAACCAAUCCUUUAUCAUCAUCGUCAAUUGAUCGUUCAACAUCUUCACCGAAUAGUCGUUCAUCACCAGCACGUACAGCUUCUCAUCCGUUAUCUCAAUCAACCAAUCCUUUAUCGUCAUCGUCAUCGUCAAUCGAUCGUUCAACAUCUUCACCGAAUAAUCGUUCAUCAUCAUUAGUGAAUGCUUCCUCACAUUCUGACGCCGUUGAGCUUGCAAAAAAUACAGAUGAUGAUGAAGCAUCAGAUAUUAGUUCAAGAAAGAAAUCUCCUGUAUGGCAAUAUGCUUCGCAGGAUGAGAAAAACGAAACAGCAACGUGUGGGAUUUGUGGUACUAUUAUAAAAACAACCAACUGGUCAACAACUGGCGUUCGUAAACAUCUCACUCAAGUACACAAACUGACGACGGUGGCUCCGUCGGCGGUCCAAAAAAAGGCGACCGUGUCAUCGGACCUACGAAAGGAAUUGCAUGAAUUAAUUAUAAAAGCAAUUAUUGAGGAUUCAAGAUCGUUCAAUGAUUUCCGACGUCCUGGAAUGCUGAAGGUUUUAAGAAAAGCCAUACCUGGUUAUGUGCCGCCACAUCGAACAACUGUUGCUCGACGUUUAAAGUCUUUAUAUACGGAUUACAAGCAACGUGUGCAACAACAAAUGUUGGAACUUAGUAAAAUCUCAAUAACUUGUGAUUUUUGGUCUGAUAGAUCGUCAAAAUCGUUCUUAUGUAUCACUGGACAUUAUGUUACUUAUGAAUUUGAUUACGAAUCAUUGGUAUUAUCAUUUGAAACGUUUUAUGAUCGUCACUAUGGUGUUCGUAUCGCCAAUGUCAUUCGAGAAAAAUUGUUUCAUUUAAAUUUGUACAAUAAAUUAUUAUGUAUCACAACAGAUGGUGCAGCUAAUAUGCGAACGAUGUGUGAAAAUUUGAGCGAUAUUAAUUACAAUUGGAUAUGGUGCGUGGCGCAUCGUUAUCAUUUGGUCAUCGUCAAUGCAUUAGGAUUUUGGGGUGACAAGAAGAAGAAGAAGAAGAAGAAGAAGAAAGAAAACCACAACACCAACAAAGAGAAUCAUAAUCAUGACAACGAUAGUAAUAAUGAAAACGCCGAUAAUAAUACUGAAGAAAAACAUUACAAUGAUGAUAUCGAUGACGCAAGUGGAAUUAAUGGUUGUAACGACAAUGACAGUAAUCCACGUUUUUGGGACGAUGCAACAGAAGAUCGAGCAAAUGUAUUACAGUAUUUUCUUCCUACAAAUGAUCCGAAAGAAAACGAAAUUGUGAACUUCAAUGAUUUUGAUGACGAUCUUAUCAGCAUAGAAGAAGUCAUUUUCGGCGCCGUUAAUCAACAAUUGAAUCCUCAACAGAAAUCGAAUGAUCAACAAAUAAAUUCUAAUGGUGGUGAUGGAAUUAUAGAUACGAAUGAUAUUCAAGACACUAUUGACGAUGAGACUUUCAUCGAUUAUAUGAUAAACAAUAAUUUGAUUCGUGACGAUUGGGAUAUGGAAUUUGAUAUAUCUGAUCGUGAGACGAUUAAUGAUUUGAACAAACAAGCUGUUUAUGUAGUGGUUAGCAAAUGCCGUUCAUUAAUUACUCUUCUCAAGCAGUCGACAAUAUUAAAUGGAUAUUUUGAUCAAUUACGUCGUGAGUUUAAUAUAAAACGUGGACUCCCCGUCGAUUGUAUUACUAGAUGGAAUAGCACGUUCUUCCUUAUUGAUUCUUUUAUCAUUGCUAAAAAGUUAAUAGUCAAAUUUUUCGGUGAUAAAAAUACAUUCGAUGUACGACGGGAAUUAAUUGCACGAUUGAUUGCAAUCGAAUUGCAUCACGACGAUUGGUUACUUUUGAAUGAUAUCCACACUGUAUUGAAACCGUUUUACUUGGCAACAAGACUGAUGUCGAAAAGAUCAUAUCCAACAGCUGGUUUAUGUUAUUACACAAUAAAAUUGAUUUUUAAUUAUUUGGUGAAAGAUGAAUCUACUGUUAGUACCUUAAAAAAAACAUUAAAACUUAUGUUAUUAUCGAAAUUCGAAUGUUACUUUUUCUCCGAUGACAAUCAGUUGAAAUUAUUGAAGAAAUAUUCUUUCUUCGACCCGCUUGGAUUUUCUGUUCUUGGAGAAAAUGAUAUUCGUAUUAUUGAACAAGAAAUCAAACAAGUGAUUCGAAACGAAAGUAUCCAUUUGAAUGAUCCAUUUUCAACUUCAUCGUCCGAAUCUAUUCCAUCAACAUUACAACCAAUAGUGACAGCUAAUGCAUCACAAACGUCAGCAUCAUAUCACAAACAGUCCUUAUCAACAAUUGAUCAAUUUUUGUUAGCUUGUGGUGAAUCACCUAUUAGUAAUUUACAGAAAAGUGAAACUAGAAAAUUAACUAUUGACGAUGAAUUAUGCGUUUAUAAAGAAGUUCACAANGAAUCAUUGGUAUUAUCAUUUGAAACGUUUUAUGAUCGUCACUAUGGUGUUCGUAUCGCCAAUGUCAUUCGAGACAAAUUGUUUCAUUUAAAUUUGUACAAUAAAUUAUUAUGUAUCACAACAGAUGGUGCAGCUAAUAUGCGAACGAUGUGUGAGAGUUUGAGCGAUAUUAAUUACAAUUGGAUAUGGUGUGUGGCGCAUCGUUAUCAUUUGGUCAUCGUCAAUGCAUUAGGAUUUUGGGGUGACAAGAAGAAGAAGAAGAAGAAGAAAGAAAACCACAACACCAACAAAGAGAAUCAUAAUCAUGACGACGAUAAUAAUAAUGAAAACGCCGAUAAUAAUACUGAAGAAAAACAUUACAAUGAUGAUAUCGAUGAUGCAAGUGGAAUUAAUGGUUGUAACGACAAUGACAGUAAUCCACGUUUUUGGGACGAUGCGACAGAAGAUCGAGCAAAUGUAUUACAAUAUUUUCUUCCGACAAAUGAUCUGAAAGAAAACGAAAUUGUGAACUUCAAUGAUUUUGAUGACGAUCUUAUCAGCAUAGAAGAAAUCAUUUUCGGCGCCGUUAAUCAACAAUUGAAUCCUCAACAGAAAUCGAAUGAUCAACAAAUACAUUCUAACAGUGUUGAUGGAAUUAUAGAUACGAAUGAUAUUCAAGACACUAUUGACGAUGAGACUUUCAUCGAUUAUAUGAUAAACAAUAAUUUGAUUCGUGACGACUGGGAUAUGGAAUUUGAUAUAUCUGAUCGUGAGACGAUUAAUGAUUUGAACAAACAAGCUGUUUAUAUGGUGGUCAGCAAAUGCCGUUCCUUAAUUACUCUUCUCAAGCAAUCGACAAUAUGA